AAUUUUCCUAAUUCGGUUAGUGAUCGCGCUAAGAGACCCUUAGCUACAUUAGCUUUUGCGCAUGAGGCGCCUUAGGCGCUUCGAUGAUGUCUUGCCAGCCGACUUCGGGCGGUCGUCCGGUCUUAUUAUAUCAUUCAAAAACCCAGCCAAUAACCCCGUCGAUUGUAUUUUUUUGUUUUUUUGCCAGUGACAUUGCCAUAUUGAUCUUGUACUCUCUGUCUGCUAUUUUCCUAUCGUAACAGGCGUUAAAUAAUCGCGUUGUACUAGAUAUAGCGGCACUGGAUAAAUUUCAACCUGUGC